CUUUCUUCCAACAUCGUCGUCACCUAUUCUACAUUAAUCCAAGUCAUUGUUUUCUCUCCCUCUCCCCUGCUUGCUCUCUAAAAAUAAAAAAGAACAGAAAAAAUAAAACUUUUAACUUCACAUCUCUAUUUUUAUUUACAACAACAAACAGAUCUGAAAUCUAAGAUAAGAAUUUUGAAAAGUUAGAAAGUUUGAACUGCAAUUUGUUGAUCUUCAGAUCUUUGAAAAAAAGAAAAGAAAACGAAAUCGAACCAUUCUGUUUGUCUUUGUAUUCAAGAUUCAUGAAAUCUGUUAGAUUCUUAUCGAUUAUUUUUUCUUGAUUGUGGAGUAGAUGUUUAGAUCCUGUUGAAUUUUAGUAUAUUGAAAAGAAGAAAACCCUAGAUAGGUAGCGAUGGGUAAAAAUGAGACCGCUUCCGCCGCCGCCAACGGUAGUGGUAAAAUGGAAGACGUGGAAGAAGGGGAAAUAUCGGAUACAGCGUCAGUGGAAGAGAUCAGUGAAGAUGAUUUUAAUAAGCAAGAAGUUGUUGUAGUGAAAGAAACACCAUCAUCCACUACCAACAACAACAACAACAGCAAACAGAAAGUUUGGACGGUGAGAGAUCUGUACAAGUAUCAAGUUGGAGGUGGAUACAUGUCUGGCUUGUAUAAUCUUGCUUGGGCACAAGCUGUUCAAAAUAAGCCAUUAAAUGAGCUGUUUGUUGAGGUGGAAGUUGAUGAUAGUUCCCAGAAAUCAUCGGUGUCUUCUGUGAAUAGUAGUAAAGAAGAUAAGAGAACUGUUGUGAUCGAUGAUAGUGGUGAUGAGAUGGACGUGGUUAAAGUUAUUGAUAUCGAGAAAGAGGAAGGGGAGUUAGAGGAAGGGGAGAUUGAUUUGGAUUCGGAGGGGAAGAGUGAGGGAGGAAUGGUGAGCGUUGAUACUGAGAAGAGGGUGAAGUCCAUUCGUGAAGAUUUGGAGAGUGUUAGUGUGAUUAAAGAUGACAAGUCAUUUGAGGCAGUUUGUUUGAAACUGCAUAACGCAUUGGAGAGCUUGAAGGAACUGGUUAGGGUAAAUGAAAAUGGUUUUCCCUCAAAAGAUAGUCUUGUUCGGUUGCUGUUCACUGCAAUUGGAGCUGUUAAUUCGUUUUUUAGCUCGAUGAACCAAAAAUUAAAGGAGCAGAAUAAGGGCGUGUUCAUGAGGUUUCUUUCCCUUGUAAAUAGCCAUGAUCCUUCGUUUUUCUCUCCUGAGCAUACCAAAGAGAUUGAGCUCAUGGUUUCCUCACUGGAUUCUCAUGAUAUUUUGUCAAGUUCAAGUGCUGGUGAAGAGAGAGAAACACAGGUUUCUGGUAAAGUGAAUGAGAGGGAUAAUGAUUCCUUAUCGAAAACUGCAGGUUACGAUUUGACUACUAUGAAUAGAUUACCUUCUGCUGCUGAAUCUUUUGUUCAUAAUAAGCCCAACUUUUCAAUAGAACCUCCUAAACCAGGUGUACCUAGUUUUAAGAGUAGAGGAGUUUUGCUUCCUUUGCUCGACCUCAAAAAAUUUCAUGAUGAAGACAGUCUUCCUUCACCAACACGGGAAACAGCACCUUCUUUUCCUGUUCAAAGAUUAUUGCCUAUUGGGGAUGGAAUGAUUAGUUCUGGGUUGCCUGUGCCUAAGGUGGCCUCUUUCACAGAAGAGCCUAGAGUGCAUCCCUAUGAAACUGAUGCACUCAAAGCUGUUUCAAGCUAUCAACAAAAAUUCAAUCUUAAUUCUUUUUUCACUAAUGAACUUCCAAGCCCAACACCUUCGGAAGAAUCUGGCAAUGGGGAUGGUGAUACUGCUGGGGAAGUUUCUAGUUCAUCAACUGUUAACUACAGAACUGUAAAUCCACCUGUUUCAGAUAGAAAAAGUGCUUCUCCUUCUCCACCACCACCACCACCACCACCUCCUCCUCCUCCUCCCCACCUCAACAAUUCGUGCAUUCGUGUUGUUAUCCCCACUAGGAAUUCUGCACCAGUGAGUUCUGGGACUAGUUCAACCGUGAAAGCAUCAGCAAAGAGCAGGGACCCUAGGCUUCGAUAUGUUAAUACCGAUGCCAGUGCUUUGGACCAGAACCAGUGUACCUUGCUGAUGGUGAAUAACCCACCUAGAGCGGAACCUUCUGGAGCAAUAGCAGGUUCAAGGAAGCAGAAGAUAGAGGAGGAUGUUUUGGAUGGUACUUUGUUGAAAAGGCAAAGAAAUUCAUUUGAUAAUUUUGGUGUUGUUAGGGAUAUUAGAAGUAUGACUGGAACUGGUGGCUGGUUAGAGGACACUGAUAUGGCUGAACCUCAAACUGUGAACAAAAAUCAGUGGGCAGAGAAUGCAGAACCUGGUCAAAGAAUAAAUAAUGGAGUUGUUUGUCCUAGUACUGGUAGUGUUAUGUCCAAUGUGAGUUGUAGUGGCAAUGUGCAGGUGCCAGUUAUGGGAAUUAACACCAUUGCUGGAAGUGAACAGGCACCAGUGACAAGCACUACUACAGCAUCCCUACCCGAUUUAUUAAAGGACAUCACUGUGAAUCCGACAAUGUUGAUAAAUAUACUUAAGAUGGGACAACAACAGAGAUUAGCAUUAGAUGGGCAGCAGAAGCUUGCUGAUCCUGCAAAAAGUACAUCACAUCCUCCAAGUUCAAACUCGGUACUUGGAGCAAUUCCUGAGGUGAAUGCUGUUUCCUCACUGCCCUCAGGGAUUUUGCCAAGAUCUGCAGGAAAGGCCCAGGUUCCUUCUCAAAUAGCUACAACGGACGAGUCAGGAAAAAUUCGAAUGAAACCACGAGAUCCUCGUCGUGUUCUCCAUAAUAAUGCACUCCAGAGGGCUGGGAGCUUGGGAUCCGAACAAUUCAAAACAACAACCCUUACAUCCACCACCCAAGGGACUAAAGAUAAUCAAAACUUGCAAAAACAAGAGGGGCUAGCAGAAUUGAAGCCAGUUGUGCCACCUGAUAUUUCCUCGCCAUUUACAAAGAGCUUGAAAAAUAUUGCUGAUAUUGUAUCUGUUUCUCAAACAUGUACAACUCCACCUUUUGUUUCUCAGAAUGUUGCAUCCCAACCUGUUCAAAUUAAGUCAGACAGAGUGGAUGGCAAAACUGGAAUUUCAAAUUCUGACCAGAAAAUGGGACCUGCUUCAUCUCCUGAAGUGGUUGCAGCAAGUUCUCUUUCACAGAACACUUGGGAAGAUGUUGAGCAUCUUUUUGAAGGGUAUGAUGACCAGCAAAAAGCUGCUAUACAGAGAGAGAGAGCAAGAAGGAUAGAAGAACAGAAGAAACUAUUUGCUGCACGCAAGCUCUGCCUUGUUUUGGAUCUGGAUCAUACACUUCUCAAUUCAGCCAAGUUUGUCGAAGUAGACCCUGUGCAUGAUGAGAUUUUGAGGAAAAAAGAAGAACAAGAUCGUGAAAAGCCAUACAGACAUCUCUUUCGCUUUCCUCAUAUGGGGAUGUGGACGAAAUUGCGCCCUGGGAUCUGGAAUUUCUUAGAAAAGGCUAGUAAACUGUAUGAGCUACAUCUUUACACAAUGGGAAACAAGUUAUAUGCUACAGAGAUGGCUAAAGUGCUUGAUCCAAAAGGGGUUUUGUUUGCUGGACGAGUUGUCUCCAGGGGUGAUGAUGGAGAUCUGUUGGAUGGUGAUGAAAGGGUUCCCAAGAGCAAGGAUCUUGAAGGGGUGUUGGGUAUGGAGUCAGGUGUCGUUAUCAUAGAUGAUUCGUUGAGAGUGUGGCCCCAUAACAAAUUGAACUUGAUAGUUGUAGAAAGGUAUAUUUAUUUCCCUUGCAGUAGACGGCAGUUUGGGCUUCCUGGUCCUUCUCUUUUGGAGAUUGACCAUGAUGAGAGACCAGAAGAUGGAACUUUGGCAUGCUCUUUAGCGGUUAUUGAGAGAAUACAUCAAAACUUUUUCACCCAUCAUUCAUUAGAUGAAGCAGAUGUAAGAAAUAUCCUUGCCUCAGAGCAGAGAAAAAUUUUGGCUGGCUGUCGUAUAGUUUUUAGUAGGGUGUUUCCAGUUGGUGAAGUCAACCCCCACCUUCAUCCACUGUGGCAGUCAGCUGAACAGUUUGGUGCUGUCUGCACGAACCAGAUAGAUGAACAGGUUACUCAUGUAGUUGCCAAUUCCCUUGGGACUGAUAAGGUGAAUUGGGCUCUUUCCACGGGAAGAUUCGUUGUCCAUCCUGGCUGGGUGGAAGCAUCAGCUUUGCUUUAUCGAAGAGCAAAUGAGCAAGAUUUUGCCAUUAAACCAUAACAAUCACCAACAUGACCCCCCAAUCUGUUAAAAACAAAACCUGAUUAACAUGAAAUCAAGAUUUCAUUAAGUGGAGAUGCAUUAUCGGGAUGUGAAGGUGAAGUUUCGGGCCAGACAGUUUGACGUAAUUUUGACUUUGGGAAUCCGCCCAUUUUGUUGCCAAUAAUCUGAAGAGUUCAAAUGGGAAAUGACUGAGUGUCGUUGACCCUUGUAAACUGUGGUGGCGACGUUGAAGGAAAUUUACCUUCGGGGCAAGUCAUGAAAUUUGCCCUGGCAGGUGCUCAUGAUGGCUUAAAAAGUCGUGUGCGGUAAUGGGAAAUUGCUGGCAAGCCAUCAAUAUACUAUGGGAGAGUGAUUUAAGGUCAGGAGACCAAAAUCUAAAAUUAACAAAGAAAAUGACAGCUAAAGAGCGAGAAGUCAUUUACAGUGAGGAGUGGGGUGAGGGGGCGGGGGGAAUGGAGCUGCGAGGGAUAAAUGAUAAAUGGGCUGGAAACGCACCCUGCUCGUGCUAUGUAUAGGAAUGAGAUUGUUUUUAAAUUAUUUUUUUAAAGUUGCAGAUACGAAAUUCCGAGUGGGUAGUGGUUGUCACUUGUCAGUUCCAUUUAGCGUAUGUGGCCCGUAUGCUUUCCGUAUUUGGAGGUGGCAAAGUGUGUGAAUCGCCUAUGCCUUACCUUGUGGCAGUAGCCUCUAUACGUUAUCCUUUUUGUUGCUUUAAUAUCUUUUCAAAUGCCUGGGGUAAAAAUAAAAAUAAAAAUAGGUAAAGAAAGUGGAGAUUGAUAUA